UUUUGUUUGCUGGGAAAACAUUUGAAAUAAAUCAUGGCUUUCAGAUCUGUGUGUAUGAAAUUUGAUUUGGGAAAGGCGACGGCAAUUCGCGCUAUGAGACGAGUUACAUACGCCUUGCACACCUUAGCUCCUCAAAUUAUUCAGUGGCCUCAAGGAAGAAAAGCUACUGAAGUAAUGAUAGCAUUUGAGCGUGUGAGUGCAUUUCCACGUGUAAUAGGAGCCAUAGAUGGCACUCAUGUAGAAAUACGAUCUCCCCGGGAUGAUAAUCAUCAAGCAUACAUUAAUAGAAAAGGAUACGCAUCAAUUCAUGUGCAGGCUGUGUGUACCCAAAAUUUAUUAUUUACAAGCAUGUUUGCUGGGAAUGCUGGCUCUGUGCAUGACGCACGAAUUUUUCGAAUUUCUCCAGUGGCUCGGUACUUUGAGAAUCCAGAAAAAUAUUUCUGUAAUGAUAGUCAUCUUGUUGGUGAUGCUGCAUAUGGUAUACAUACCAAUAUGAUGGUCCCGUUUAAAGACAAUGGUCAUUUGAGCCUUAGACAAAAGAAUUUCAACUUUUGUCACUCAUCAGCUCGAAUGGCAAUUGAAAGGGCCUUUGGUGUUUGGAAAGCGCGAUGGAGAAGUAUUUUAGAUUGUUUACCCAUGAUUACGUUAGAAAAAAUACCAGAAUACAUAUUGGCAACUGCAGUCUUACAUAACAUUUGUAUCAUAAAUAAUGAUUUAUUUGAUAUAAAUAAUAUUGAUGUGCCAAAUCAAAAUCAACACAUCCAGCACGGAAUAUUAAUAUCGGGUAGAACAAAUGAAGGCAACAGAAAACGACAAAGAAUAAUGAACAAUUUGGUAAUGAGAGAUAAUGAACGUGUAUUUGCGUAAUUUAUAAAAUCUUUUUAAUGUAUUAACUCUUAUAAACUAUUUCCUCAUCAACUAAAUCUUUAUAAAAAUGAAUAAAUGUAUGCAAAUUAAUUUGAA